AUGGAUUCUUCAAAUUCGGGAAACAAUGGGUAUUAUAAUGACGGGGAGCAAGAGGGUGUUUCUUCUAGUCGCGAAGAGCCCAAUAGAUUAAAUGAUAGUAUUCCUGAAGAUGAUAGUCAUAGACAAAUCGAAUGUUCCUCUAUUUCAUCUUCGGAUGUUGAAGCUCAAUCUCCCCUUUCAGAUCAGGGAAAUGAGAGUACCACUAUUCAAUCGCCACCACCUUCAGUUAAUUUUCAACAAAUUUCUCCAGAACUUUUAAUUCGGCCAUCGUUCCCACCAAAAAUUUGUCCGAAAGAUUUGGUCAUUAACCUAUUACGCAGCAAGUCUCGAUCUCCAAAGAUGUUAAACGAAUUUUUCAUAUACAGAAAGGCCUAUGUUGAGGAAUGUAAAAAACACAAACUUCGUCCAAAAAUGACAAAAGUUUCUUCUUCUGCAUCUGUCGCUUGGCAUAAUGAACCACCGGCAGUCAAAGAUGAGUAUAGAAGGCUUGCGCGUGAAACAGAAAAUUUAUACUUAAAAGAAAUUCGACAAAGGUCACAAUCUACUACUAGUAAACAAGUCCAACCACCUCCAAGCCCUCAACCGCCUAUUGUGGAUGACGUAUCCCCCUAUUUCCCACUAUAUAUGCCAAUUUACCAUGAUGCCCGUUUAUAUUACGAUCCAUUUUAUAUAUUUUACACACCGGUACCAGAUAAUACCUAUUAUCAAGAUCAUAGUAAUUUAUUGAAUGUCUCAUUCAAUGAAUUAUCGGGACAGCAAUGGUCGCAAAACAUAGAAACGUUCUCGAAUAUAACCUCGCACCACACGUCAUCAUUUGAUAGCAUUAAUUUUGAAAAUUCUCAUGCGUUCGAAACGUCGUUAUCGUUUACUAAUGAUGUAUCGUAUGUGUCUUUUGAAAGGCAACCUGAUGUUACACCUGAUACAGAAACUCUGGAGAAAUAUCCUCACGAUGCUACUUGA